AUGUGCGACUGGGAAGAGUUCAUCUUUGGCUGCUCCUGCUCCUACACCAAGCGCAAGAGCUACUGCCAUUUUGCCCGCAACGACCCCAACCACCAGUGCUUCGGCGUGCAAGUCCUCAAGAAGGUCUGGGAGGUGCCUGAGAUCUGCGACAAGUGCAGCCAAAGGAACAACAGGACAUCUUCGCGAGCAUACCAGCCCUAUGGACAGGAACCCGGUGAGUCUCCAGCUUGCUAUAAUCGAUCCGCUGUUGGGGGCGCCACCGACGUCGAUGAGGAGCCGCACGGCUACGGACAGCUGCUCCGGUGA